GCAGGAAAAAAUCUCAACAUGGAAAAUGUCCCCCAGGAAAGCAAAGGAGGGGGGCAGGCCCCAGUGCAGAAUGAAGAAGAAGCCCGCCCUUUGGGAGGUGGUCAAGGCCAGGAGCCUGGAGGAAAUAUUAGAGGGAGUUGGGCUCCACCUGCCCAGGAUUUUAGAGAGGAUAUUCCCAACAGGCUUGUCAAUAACAUUGACAUGAUAGAUGGAGAUGCAGAUGAUAUGGAAAGGUUCAUGGAGGAGAUGAGAGAUCUAAGGAGGAAAAUUAGGGAGCUUCAACUGAGGUACAGUCUGCGCAUUCUUAUAGGAGAUCCCCCUCACCAUGACCAUCAUGAUGAGUUUUGCCUUAUGCCUUGAAUGCUGAGGUUAAUAGUUAUAAACCCUCUGCUUCCCAAACUUGCAUUUUCUUGGUGUACUCUUUAUCGUGAACCU